AUGGGGAUUCCUCACUUUUUUAUUUGGUUUGUGAUUCUGUCAAUCCGGAAGAAACAUAAUUUUGCUUCCGCUGGCAGUCUGCAUGGAGUGAAAGAUGGCGAGUGGAGGAGGUACCGUUGCUUCGCUUUGGACCGAAGCAAAUCGUUGUGGACAGAAUGGAGAUUUCACUCGGGCCCUCAAAGCUGUCAACAAAAGUAGGGUUUUAGUCUUGUUCACAUGUUUGUAGCUGUCAAGCUGAAUAAAUGCUCUGUGUUGUUUGAGGGCUGAAUAGAUUAAUAGCCAUCUGGCUAACCUAGCUAGCGAGGUAACAGAAAUAUGCAGCUAUAAUCAAGCUAUUCACUAGUUAGGUCGUUUUUGUUGAUAAAUUAAAAUGUUCCCCCAAUGAUCAGGAACAUAGUGUAGAUUUUAUUGAGAACAGUAAGAGUGUAUUUUUACUAUAGGGAUAAUAUUUCUAAAUUGUCAGUCACAUGAGUGAUAAACACAGUGACGUGUCCCAAUCAGCUAGCUAGCAACUACCCUGUUUGACCCUAUCCCGUAGCUAGCACCCUUGUAUCUGCUGAGAGAGUGUGGGGUUCACAGAUUUGCACUUUCAUUGGAACAUUAUUGAGUUCUCUAUUGCACACCAAUAAUUGAGAUUUGAUGAAGUUAUAGUUAGUGGUGACUGGUGAGUGACCUGAAGGAAAAUUAUACUUUUGCAUGUAGCUACACUAAGGGACAAUCUGCGAUUGCUACAUUAAAAAUAAAUAAACGUUUAUGUUAAUUAUAUAUACUCAUUGAUUCUUGAAGAAUAUAACUUAUAAAUGCAUCAUGAGCUUAGUUAAUAUAUAAGCUUGUUUUACUCCAAUGUUUGUCAACAAUGUAAUUGUAAACAAACGUUGUACAUUUUACAUUUACAUGUUAGUCAUUUAGCAGACGCUCUUAUCCAGAGCGACUUAGAGUUAGUGAGUGCAUACAUAUUCAUACGUCCCCCCCCGUACAGUAUAUAGCCUCAAAACAUGGUUGAAAUGAUCAUUUGAUCUCAUGGAUGGUCAGUCCUUGCAUUCGUAGCUCUGUCUAUGAAUUUGAGAUUACAUUUCUCCAGCCCCAUCCUUAAGCUCUUUACUAAAACAGUGGUUGCUUUGUUAUUGUUAGAAAUGCAGAUUGCCCCUUUAAUCUCAAAAUUAUGCAUUUAUUCCACAGUUUUGCAUGAAGUCAAGGAAGAUGUGACAGCCCUUCACUGUAAAAUAGUAUGCCUGGUGCAAAAUGGCAGCUUCAAAGAGGCACUGAAUGUCAUGAACACAUAUUCAAAAGUACUUUGCAGGUAUGUUGAAUAUGACUUGAACAUAUUGUUCAAUAUUGAUAAUCUUGUAGCAAUGCAAAAUCAAUAAAUACUUGGUCUGGUUUGAGAAACUCCUGGCCGUACCCUUAGGCCAAUGUUUAACAUUUUCUUUGUGCUUCCUCAGUGAACUCAUUGUGUUUGAAAAGGCCUACUGUGAGUACCGGUUGAACAGAGUUGAAAGUGCCCUGAAGACCAUUGAAAGUGUUUCAGAACAAACAGACAAGCUCAAGGAACUCUAUGGUCAAGUGGUAAGACUUUAUGAAAAUAAGAAAUUACAUGAGAUGUUGUUUGCACUGCUUCUCCGUCUACCCUUCAGUGGAUAAUGUUGCCAGCCACAGUAAACUGGCCCAAUGUACUGACCCCUGACCUCCCCUUUGUUCUCACCUUAGCUGUACCGUAUGGAGCGCUAUGACGAGUGCAAGACUGUCUACACAGACCUAAUCAGGAACUCCCAGGAUGAAUACGAAGAGGAGAGGAAGACCAACCUGUCAGCCGUGGUGGCUGCUAUGAGCACAUGGGAGAAGGCUUCUCCCGUGGGUCUUCUGCACACAAUUAAAACAGACUUCUAUUCAAACUGAUUUUCUGAGACACUUGGUUAUUGAAGCCUUGGUAUCCUUAAUCUUCCCAAAGUUUCUAUUUAACACCGAAUAAUACAUUUAAUGUUUUUGCAGGAUGAUCUUGGCCUGUCAGAGACUACAUACGAGCUGAGCUACAACGCUGCCUGUACUCUAAUUGGUCAAGGCCAACUCGCAGAGGCUAUGAACAAACUACAGGAAGCAGAAGGUUAGGACCACAGACGAUUGCAAUUUUGCCUGCUACAGACAUGGCCUUAAUUCGUAAUACUGUGCGGUAGGUUUUGUCCAGCCCUUUCAUAGUUAAUGUUGACCAUUUUUGUUUGCGUAAUUUUUUUCAGAGCUUUGUCGGGUUUCCUUGUCAGAGGAUUCGGUGAGUGCUCUAUGCCUGUGAAAUAAAUAAGUAAUAAUGCCACGUCAUGGCUAAGCAUACAGAUAUAAAAAUGUCACCAACAGUUUUUUCAAAUUCUAAGCCGUAAUUUGCUUGUCUGGUUUGUGCAGGAUAUAACUGAGGAGGACAUUGAGUCGGAGCUGGCCGUCAUCCAUUCCCAGAUGGCCUACAUUAUGCAGUUACAGGGUCGGACAGAGGAGGCGCUGCAGCUCUAUAACCAAGUCAUCAAGCUCAAGUGAGUGUUACUCCAAAGUGGAAUCAAUUGAGCCAUUACAUUCAAUUGUAAAGUAUGUGCUAUUGUAGGCACAGGAAGAGAGAGGAGUGGAAUAAUUUUUUGUUGAAUCCUAGGCCGUCGGAUGUGGGACUUCUAGCUGUGACUGCUAACAACAUCAUUACAAUAAACAAGGUAGGUACACGCAUGAACAUUCCCCGUACUGCUAGGAACUACUAAACAUAGAAAAAGGCUUAGCUAUUAUUGACCGUGUUCUCUUAUUGUUGAAGCCAUGGGGGCCGAAGCUGUUGCUCAUAUCUCUUUUCUCCUGCAGGACCAAAACGUGUUUGACUCUAAGAAGAAGGUGAAACUGACAAAUACUGACGGCGUCGAGUACAAGCUGGCCAAGAAACAGCUGCAGGCCAUCGAAUUCAACAAAGCCCUGUUGGCUAUGUACACUAACCAGGUAUUGGAUUUGAAGACAUUAACUCAUUGUUAAAAUGAUCCUUCACUCUUUAUUCACAGCUUUAUUUUGACAAUUUCACUACACACUCAUGUCAAAUCAAAAUCAUAUAAAAUGUUAUGUCACAUGUGCUGAAUACAACGAGUGUAGACAUUACUGUGAAAUGCUUACUUACGAGCCUUUUCCCAACAAUGCAGUUAAAAAGUAAGAAAAUUCACAAAUAGUUAAAAGAAAAUAGUAACACAAUAAAAUAACAAUAACGAGGCUAUAUACAGGCUAUUUACAAGAAGUACCAGUACCGAGUCAGUGUACUGGGGUACGAGGUAGUUGGGGGGAUUGAUUGAGUUAAUAUGUACAUGUAGAUUUGGUUAGGUGAUUGAUUUAAGUACAUGUAGGUAGGGGGUGAAAAGCAGAAAGUCUGGGGAGCCGUUUAAUGAACUGUUCAGCCGUCUUAUGGCUUUGGGGUAGAAGCUGUUCAGGAGCCUUUUGGUCCCAGACCAUGGAGAAUGGUGAACAGGUUAGACUGGGAACCUCAAUGGUCAUUGAUGAUUUGUUAAUUGUACCCCACAGGCGGACCAGUGCAGAAAGCUGUCGUCAGGCCUCCAGUCCCAGAACCCAGGCCACCCACGGCCCGUUCUGAUCCAGGUGGCUCAGCUGUGCAGAGAGAAGCAACACUCCAAGGCCAUAGAGCUGCUUCAGGUACUCACUGUUGACCAGAUCCUAAUUUGAGAUAUGUGUAAAUGAUGUAUAAAUACAGAAGUACAUAAAUAGCCAUUGAAAGCUCUUCCUCCUGCAUGUAUAAUGCCAGCUGUGUGUGUUUCUGUUGUAAAGCGUUUCUCAGACCAGCACCCAGAGAGUGCAUCUGGUAUCAAAUUAACGAUGGCACAACUCUAUUUGACUCAAGGUAAGGUUGUCUUUCCAAAUCCCAGUUUUUUGCUCACUGGGUAACAAGCAGAAAAUAGGCCUAUUGAAGAUGAUAAAUUAGAUUAGUGCUUAACAGUACCCUUACUGAUUGAUACCUGGUGCUGUGCUAUCAUGUCAUUUGACGAGCGAGUGACUCCUGUUCUGUCAGCAUUUAGUUGUUUGAGCACCUGACCGAGUAUAAGGUAACCUCGUAAUAAAUAAAUCCUUCAUUGGUGUCUUCUCCAAAGGUCAUGUUACCAAAGCAUGUGACAUCUUGAGGUCGAUCGAAGAUUUCAAGCACAAACAAGGGAUGGUUAGUUGUUAUACUUCUAUUAUCUUAAAUCUAAUCAAAGAUUUAAAAUGUUCUGAACAAACAUUACAUCAUAACAUUUCUGCUAACGAAUUGAAAUUGUUUCACAGAUCUCAGCUCUGGUAACCAUGUACAACCACGAAGAGGACAUUGACAGCGCAAUUGAUGUCUUCAGCCAAGCUAUUCAGCACUACCAAUCUGAACAGGUAUUAGUCAACAAGCACAUUAUAAAGAAGUCAAUGUAACUUUUAAAAUCCUGGAGUGUGUGUUAGUAUUUGUUUCCAUAGUAGCACUGCAUUGUCCACUAAAAAAAAGAGGACUGAGCACGCCCCCAUUCUCAUCGACGGGGCUGUAGUGGAACAGGUUGAGAGCUUCAAGUUCCUUGGUGUCCACAUCACCAACGAACUAUCAUGGUCCAAACACACCAAGACAGUCGUGAAGAGGGCACGACAAAGCCUAUUCCCCCUCAGGAGACUGAAAAUAUUUGGCAUGGGUCCUCAGAUCCUCAAAAAAUUCUACAGCUGCACCAUCGAGAGCAUCCUGACUGGUUGCAUCACCGCCUGGUAUGGCAACUGCUUGGCCUCCGACCGCAAGGCACUACAGAGGGUAGUGCGUACGGCCCAGUACAUCACUGGGGCAAAGCUUCCUGCCAUCCAGGACCUCUAUACCAGGCGGUGUCAGAGGAAGGCCCUCAAAAUUGUCAAAGACUCCAGCCACCCUAGUCAUAGACUGUUCUCUCUGCUACCGCACGGCAAGCGGUACCGGAGUGCCAAGUCUAGGUUCAAAAGACUUCUCAACAGCUUCUACCCCCAAGCCAUAAGACUCCUGAACAGCUAAUCAUGGCUACCCAGACUAUUUGCACUGCCCCCCCACCCCAUCCUUUUUACGCUGCUGCUACUCUGUUAAGUAUUUAUGCAUAGUCACUUUAACUCUACCCACAUGUACAUAUUACCUCAACUACCUCAACUAGCCGGUGCCCCCACACAUUGACUCUGCAACGGUACCCCACUGUAUAUAUAGCCUCCCUACUGUCACUUUAUUUUACUUCUGUUCUUUUUUUUCUCAACACUUUUUUUGUUGUUGUUUUAUUUUUAAUUUUUUUGUUUAAAAUAAAUGCACUGUUGGUUAAGGGCUGUAAGUAAGCAUUUCACUGUAAUGUCUGCACCUGUUGUAUUCGGCGCAUGUGACCAAUAAAAUUUGAUUUGAUAUUCCACUUUGUCUUCCUCCAUCCCAGCCUGGUUCCUCUGUUCACCUGGCGCUCGUACGAGAGGCCGCCAAUUUCAAGCUUAAGUAUGGACGGAAAAAGGAAGCCAUCAGUGACCUGGAACAACUGUGGAAGUAAGUGAUGCUCUUAACGAUUGUUCUGUUUCUACUGUUGUGCAGUGGUGAUGUGGAGAAUGUUGUUUUGCUUGCUCUACGUGUGGUAUUCAAUGUAAUAACUAGUUUCCCCCCACUCCACAGGCAAAACACCAAUGACAUCCACACUUUGGCACAACUCAUCUCUGCCUAUUCUUUGGUCGAUCAGGAUAAAGCCAAGUCGUAUCCUUUUUUCUCUCUCUGUAUUUGAAACUACACAUAAAUAAUAACUUUAUUUGGAACGAAUGCUUGCAAUUGAUCUAGCAAUCCAUGCCAUUGCCACUAUCAUAGCAAAACUGUCAGAACUGCAAUUUAGAGUCUUUGAUGAGUAUUUGAAUGACUGAUAUCUCUGAUUUUAUCUAGUUUCUCAUUCACAGGCAAGGUGAUUUUACCAGUGCUAUCAUAAAGUGCCUAGAGCUGUCUAGUGAAUGGAAAAUAAUAUUUUAUUAUAUCCUUAGCCCUUUGUCCCAGCCUCAGCAAGCACCUCCCUUCCCCUGAAAGCAUGUUGUUCAACGUGGACGUAGAUGAGCUGGAGAACUCUCAUGGAGCCAACUACGUCAGGAAGAAGGCCGCUAAAGUACCGGGGGACAACCUACCCAAAGAACAAGGGUAAGGCGACCUGAAGCUUUUAAAAUGCUUUUAAUUAAAAGCUGUGUUAAUUAAGCUGCGUACUACCUGUUCUAUACAUGCUGUAUACAUAGGCUUUCACUAUCAAUAUUAUCUCUCCACAGCCAGGGGGAUGUUAAGAAGAAGAAGAAGAAGAAAAAGAAGGGUAUGUCCUCAUAUUGCAAGUUGUGUUGUAUGUAAAUGUUGAGUUGUAUGUGAAUAUCUGAUUUAAAUAAAGUCAGCGUCUCUGAUUGGGAUGGGGAAUCAUUAUUUUUCUCUCGCCUCUGUUUAGGCAAACUGCCCAAGAACUACGACCCCACGGCGAACCCUGACCAGGAAAGAUGGCUGCCCAUGAGAGAGCGCACCUACUACCGGGGCAGGAAGAAGGGCAAGAAGAAGGAACAAGUGGGUAAAGGCACGCAGGGUGCCACGUCAGGAGCCGGGUCCGACCUGUGAGUAAUGCAUCCUUGUCUCUUAUCGUUUGUCACUUUCAUUAACUCUAAAAAGGUAUAUGAAUCUAACAGUUGAACUCAGGAACAAUUAAAACAUCUCUGACUGAUUCCAGAUUCAUUCAGGUGGCACCCUUUUUGACCUGUAGUGUGUUGCAUUUGGCUGGUAAUCACAUAAUUUUGCUGUGUUUCCAGGGAUGCCAGUAAGACGGCCAGCAGCCCCCCCACCUCCCCCCGGCCAGGGUCAGCCCAAGCCUCUGCCUCCACCUCGGCCCCCGCUGCCAGCAACGUUGUCCCUCCGCGACAGCAGAAGCCUGCCACUGCAGGGCCAGGGGCUCGCAAGAAGGCCCCUCAGAAGAAGAAGAAGGGAGGCAAGAGUGGCUGGUAG